CUGACCCCGCUGUGCCCUGAACUCUUCUGAGUGUUACAGCUUAGCUUCUGUGCAGAACUGAAAGCCGCAGAGGGAGAGGAAUCGGAGUGACUCUCGCUACAGCCGGAGAGGAGCGGAUCAGAGGUGCUCAGAGCAACCUGUGUGCGCCAGCGGAGAGAUGGGGAAAACAGCAGAUUCAACUGAACAGAGGCUGCAAGGAGAGGUGCUCCCCAUUACAAAUGGGGACCCUGAGACAGGAGGGGAAAUGGAAACUCAGCAAGAACAAUUAUUAAUGGAAUUGCCGAGUAGCAAUGGAGAUGCAAGGAGAGGACAGGACCCAGGUUGUCUGGCUCCCUUCAGGAAUCCAUUAGUAUGGGGCACAGUUGCAGGUCUGGUCAUCCUCGUCAUUGGUUUGGGGGCAGCUCUGGCAGUGGUAACAUCUAAGCCACAUGUGGCUGAUCUGGGGGUACGAGGGGAGACUGCCUGCCCCAAUGGUUGGGUCGUGUUCCAAGGGAAAUGCUACUAUUUCUCAGAGGCUGAAGGGAACUGGACCUACAGCUGGAGCAACUGCUCCUCCCUCGGCGCCUCCCUGGCUGGGAUCGACACCCAGCAGGACAUGGACUUCAUGCUGCGCUACAGAAGCCCCCGUGAUCACUGGUUCGGUCUCUGGAGGGAGCGGGACCUCCGGCCCUGGAGAUGGGUGAACGGCACCGAAUUCAACAACUGGUUUCACAUCGGAGGGGGAGGGGAGUGCGCGUAUCUGAAGGAAACAAAAGCCAUCAGCUCCUCGCGGUGCUCGAUGGAGAGACACUGGAUCUGCAGCAAACCCCACGUGUGUGCAAAGGUUUAGCACGGCGCUGGGCAGGGGGCUGAAGGCUCAGCCUGGAAGAGACAGGACAUUGUUGAUGCUGACGGGCUCGGACAUUUUUCUGGCUAAUGAGAGCGUUCACAGCUAUGCCAGUGAGGACUAAACCAAAAAGCAUCUGAGAUGGGUCAGACCCUCCUGCUUCAGGGCAUGAGCUCCCUGUCCUUGGGAGUAAACUUUCCCCUGUGGGCGAGUGAUCUCGUAACUGGCCAUUGGGUGUCCUGCCCUUUGCUCUGUGCUUCAGACAGGAGACUGGACUGGAUGAACUGGGGAUUCCUGAGCCAGCUGGUUCUCACCUGAGGCCUCUUCCUCUGGUACGUCUGGACACUAGGACCGGCAAAUAAGGACCCAGCCCUGGGCCACCUUUCGGGGAGCGGUUUUGAUCUCAUCUUCCUGUUGAGCCGCUCCAAAGCCACAGACCUGCCACCAGCCAUCACUUCCACAACCAGCACUUCCAGCUAUAAUAAAGCCGCCUGGUGUGUACACACUACAGCCUUGCUCCCACCAGUGUAAGUGCCCUACCUACUGCACUGACAUAACUUCACCUCGACGAGAGACGCAGGGCGUAUGUCCGUGUAGUUAGAGCAGCGGUUCUCAACCCAUGGGCCGCGUGUGGCCCAGUUAGCACACAGCUGCAGCCCAGAUCAGCUGUGUGCUAAAGGCUGGCCCGCGUGGCAGGGUCUGGGUUCCUGGCUGCCUGGUGCAGUGGGGUCCGGGGCUGCCGCCCGGCCCUACAACCUCCGGGGUCGGGGUCUAGGCUGCCACUGCCCUGCCACCCGGCCCCUGCAACCCAGGUAACACAUGCGGCCCACAAUGAUAAAUAAGUUGAGAACCACUAAGUUAGCGAUGCAGUGCCCAUGUAGACACGGAGUUACUUAUAUCCGCUUUUAGCUUUCAUUCUUGUCAAUUUCAUAGCUCUGGCAGGGAGCCAUGAAAUUGACAAAGGCUGGUAGCCUCCCUGCUGUGAACCUGUAUCUGGCUCCUAGCUAGGGAGGCAAGUGGGAGGGCUCCUGCUCCUAGCCGGGCUGCCAAGAGCCCAGCAGGAACCCCUGUGAGGAGCCUGGCUCUCAGCCCCCCCACGCUGCCCCUCUUACGGCGGGGGAAGUGCUCCUGUUGAGGACACACACCACCCACAGAAGGAGGAGAGUGGAGGUGUUUCUGUGAUGCCAGCAUAACCCAGGCCUGCUCGCUGUGGCGCUCUGCACCCUUCAAGUGGUGGCUAGGUCAGCCAGGGUUGACGAGCCUGCUACAGCCGUAGCUAAGAGCGCUGUGUCUUUUAGCUCACGCAUUCAGCUCAAGCGCUUACAGCCGCUGACAGCGUUACACUAGGCCAGAAGCAGCAUCCGUGCACCAGUGCUCUGGCCUGCGGUAGGCGCUGACGGACGGGAUGUGCCUUGUUCUUCAGCCAGGGGCCAACAUAGGUCGACUUACGUUUGUAGUGCAGAUGUGCCCUUAGUCUCUCUCAGGCCUAGGAAUGUUUUGCAGGGCAGCAAUCCCUGCUCAAGAAUGACCCGAGACGAUACCAUGGGUCAUACCAGCCCCUCCACUGCUGAGGGGAGGGGGGAGAUGUAUCCUAGUUUUCCAAUUGAUCUAGCUGAACUAGAGCCUAAGUUACUGGGCUCAGCGCAGGAACCACUGGGUGAGUUUCUCUGGGCUGUGUUCUGCAGGUCAGGCCAGAUGGUCAUAAUGUUCCUUGUGACCUCGAAACCUCAGACAUUCCAUUUUGGGAAGAACGGGAAGCUGAGAGGUGGUUCUGGAUAACCAUGCAACCGCUUGAUUUCCUACCUCUGCACGUUACUAGCUGCUGCAGAAAGCAGGUCUCGUCUCAUGCUGCUGACAAUCUGAGACCAACCCGAAGUGCACCGAGUGGCCCGGAGGACGGUUCCGUCUUGGGAGCGUUAUUUUUAUUUAUACGGGAUUGAAGGGCUCGAGCGCGCCUACCAGCGCGGGCUGCACAGCGGUGAGCUUCCAGGGGAGAGUGGCAGGAAGCGGGUGACGCUGGCAUGCCAGGAGAACGAAGGCAGGAAUUGCAGAAAGGAAGCCGGGCACGAGGUACAAAGGGCCAAGCGAGGGUUGAUCCAGCAGCCAUGAAUGGACUAGUUAAGGACGGGGCAUUAGCCUCUGAGAUCUGAUGCAGCGAGUGAAUGCAGUGCGUUCUCCCUGCUCCCCCUCCGAGCUAUCUGUGUGUCUCCAAAGGGACAGUGAGAAGGCAGCAGAGAGUCCAGUGAAUGGAUGAGUGUAAAGAACAUACCUGACGGUUACACAGUGGCACAGACAGCAAGAGGGAUGUUAACAGUGAAUGGUUACGCCCCCUAUGGGGAGACAACUUGGUAGCAACUUCCAAAUAAGUAGCAAAGCGGA